GACACGAGCCUACACACCGGUCUGUUAUUCCAUGAGUGGUAAGCCCGCACCCUCCAAAAUUCACGGAGGACACGGGCAAAUCUUCUGGUUCAUCAUCAAGACCUACAAAAAUGGCCCUAUGACACAAAAGUUGGACCAAGUACAUGUCUCGAAGGACGCUAAGUUUGUGCCAAACGUGAAAGUGAGUUCGCCCCUGGGCUCGUUCGACGCCACGUUCCUGCUCUACCCUUCCGCCGCCUUGGCACUCAUCAUGUUCGCUGGUGGGACGGGGAUUACGCCCAUGGUGCGCAUCAUCGCCCACGUCGUGGAGCAGUACCACAACGGUGGACUGAGCGAUGGUGUGGACGUCGUCCUGAUUUUCUGGAACAAGACGAUGGAGGACAUCAUCUGGAAUGACCAGUUCACAGAUUUGAGCCAGUCGGAGAGCGACUGGUUUCGCUUCAUUCCGGUGCUGACACAACCAGCUCAGUCGUGGAAGGGCCUCGUGGGUCGGCCUUCGAUGAUGCAGAUAAACGCCAUUUUGGACGAUUAUCUCCCAGACAGAGAUGUGGUGACUGAGAAACAUGCGCUCAUUUGUGGGUCGAAUGGGUUCAUCAAAUCCGUCGAAGAUGCGAUAUCGGGAGAGUUUCCCAAGAAUUUUCUCCACGCGUUCGAAGGAUAAUAAUAGCAGUCGUAAAUUACAGUCAUCCUCAUCGUCAUAUUACACAACAAAAAUAAGAAUUUGUACUAUAUUUACUCAGAAAAGAACUAUUGUAA